UCCCGCAGAGACGCUGUUCCGACUUCCUCAAAAUAGCACACACCAUCCGCAGAGGGGAAAGCUAUCGAUCGGACAACUUUCCACCCAUCGCCAUAUCAGCUGCCGAAGUCCAGUGCCACACGAUGUCUGGUGAAGUUCACACGUUUUGAGGGUUAUUCAGUGUCACCGUGAAAGUGGUCGUGAUAUCAUCGCCGAAGACUCACCACGCAUUGGCAAUGGGUGUCCUUAAGGAAGCCGCGUGCCCCAUGUGACGCACAGCCGGAGUGUCCGUCAGAUGCAAGAGGAGGCGCCCGUUGGCGAGACCGAGGGGGAAAAGUCCCGCAUAGCAGCCGAAUGUGUUGGAAUAUGUGUGAUAAACUGUGCAAACAAGAAUCCAGAGUGGUGGCAGCUGAGGAACAAAGUGCAAUGAUUAACGGAGUUUAUUGAGUGAUUUUGCCCGUGAAGCAACUUUUAGCAUUUAUUUAUUUCCACCAAAUACUUUGCAUCUCGCCCAGAGUUUCACCCAUCAUCAUUAGAUUAUGCGAUCCACCCAGUGAUCAGGAUUCGCUGUAUAGUUUUAUCAUUUCUCACCACACUCGCCAUGCCGAAUAGCUUAGGACCGCCAAAAGCAUCUCGAUCUGGCAUUGCCUUCGUGAGAGUCCCUCCGGAAUCUGAUGAUUCUUCCCAUAACAGCCAUGAUUCACCUGAAGUCACGGAAGGUGCCCUCCAGGUCUGGCGAGCGCUGCCCGAGAAAAUCCGCCAGGAUCCCAGCUUGGCCAGCUUCCGGCAGGAGCACGAGCGUCUCCACGGAGGUCUGCCAUUCGAUGAAGAUCCACUGCCCAAUGAAGAUGUCUCGGCGAACGGAUCGACAAAUGAGGCGCCCAUCAGCAAUGAGUUCGUCCAGAUCAGCGUGACGAACGAGCAUGGCCAGAUGAAGAAUAUCUCUGGCGCCAAAGAUGACCAAGACAUGACGGAUGUGGAUGACACGGAUGCAGUGACGGGCCACAGGAAGCAGAACAAGUGGGUGAAGAAUAUCAAGAUUGCCAUACUAUUCAUGGUGUGGAUGCUCUUCACGGGCAUCCUCAUGUCAUCCACGGAGAAGACGCUCGAGUUCCGGCAACUCGCCGUGCCUGAGGGUCAGAUCAAGUCCUACACCCUUCCUCAGGCGCCAGUCGGAUCGCGAGUUGGCCUCAUCUUGCAGGGCGCCUUCUUGCCAGUUCACUACAGCAAUCUCACGGAGAACCGCCUCUCUGUCUUCGUGUACCUGCAAAACGCCACCGCGGCAGUUCAGAGUGACAACAGUAGUCAAAUGCAGGACUUAACGUACUACGAGAAUGUAACUGAAGCGUGGCACAUCACACUGGUGCAAGUGGACAUGAUCGAUACGGUGCCGGAAUUGGUCCAGAAACACAACUUCGACCUGAGUCAGACGGUGCUGAACAAGGUUCGCAGUGGCAGUGCUGUUCUCCAAGUGAAGAUGGUCACCAACGUCAAUGCCAGUCUUCCCAUGCAGUUUGCCUAUGAUCCAUCGCCGAUUAACAAGAAUGCCGGGAUCAUUUAUGCCGCCAUCGUCCUGCUGGGACUCUACAUAAUGAUCAUUUGGGAAGUGGUUCACCGCACAUUCGCCGCCAUGAUCGCAUCAACGCUGUCCAUUGCUGUGCUGGCGGCUUUGGAUGAGAGACCGUCAAUGCCAGAAUUGAUGUCCUGGAUUGACGUGGAGACACUGCUACUGCUAUUCGGCAUGAUGAUCCUCGUGGCGAUUCUUUCAGAAACAGGCAUCUUCGACUAUUUAGCCGUCUAUGCAUACAAAAUCACCAAUGGCAGAGUGUGGCCACUGAUAAACUGCCUCUGUCUCUUCACGGCAAUUAUGUCAUCAUUCCUGGACAAUGUUACUACAGUCCUCCUCAUGACUCCUGUUACAAUUAGAUUAUGCGAAGUUAUGGGACUCAAUCCCGUCCCCAUCCUCAUGUCCAUGAUCAUCUACUCAAACAUCGGCGGAGCCUUGACACCAGUUGGCGAUCCUCCGAAUGUGAUCAUCGCUUCUAACUCUCACAUCGCGAAGGCCGGCGUCAAUUUCACCACAUUCACGCUGCACAUGACAAUCGGUGUGCUCCUCGUAAUGGUCCAGACGUACUUCCAAUUGCGUUUCAAGUUCAAGAACAUCAACGAUCUGCGUUUCACUGAGCCGCAGGAUGUUCAGGAGUUGCGCCAUGAGAUCGCCGUGUGGCAGCGCGCGGCAGCAUCGCUGUCGUCAUACUCAAAGGAUGAAGAUCUCGUGCGAGAGACACUGCUCAAGAAAGUCAAUCGCCUCUCGAGGAUGCUCAAGAAGAAACUCGUGUCCGGAUCCGUUCCUAUUGAGAGUUACAAGACCACACUCGAGGAACUUCAGGCCAAGUAUCCCAUCAGGAAUCGCGUUCUGCUGGUGAAGUCUGGAGUCACAUUAGUCUUCGUGGUGGCAUUCUUUUUCUUGCAUUCCGUCCCAGAAUUGCAACGUCUGUCGCUUGGUUGGACUGCUCUCUUGGGAGCAAUUCUACUGCUAAUUUUAGCCGAUAGGGAGGACAUGGAGUCAGUUCUGGCCAGAGUGGAAUUCUCAACGUUGCUCUUCUUUGCCUGUCUCUUCGUCCUCAUGGAGUCUCUGGCUGAGUUGGGCUUAAUCGACUGGAUCGGGAAGCAGACGGAGAACAUAAUUUUGUCAGUAUCUGAGGAAUCUCGACUCGCUGUUGCCAUUCUGCUCAUACUCUGGGUGUCGGCAAUAGCAUCAGCGUUUGUUGACAAUAUUCCAUUGACCACGAUGAUGGUGAAGAUUGCCAUCUCUCUGGCUGAGAAUGAAGCUCUGGACCUUCCUCUGCAGCCACUUGUUUGGGCACUCGCGUUCGGCGCUUGCCUUGGCGGCAAUGGAACACUCAUUGGUGCUUCUGCAAAUGUUGUCUGUGCGGGAGUGGCUGAACAGCAUGGCUAUAGAUUCACUUUUGUUGAAUAUUUCAAAGUUGGAUUUCCAGUCAUGAUUGGAAGUAUUGUCAUAGCAACAGGAUACUUAAUGAUGGCACAUGUUCUCUUUACAUGGCACUGAUUGGCACCCAUGGGAAAGUCUCUAUAGGAACUCCUGUGCAAAAGAAUCUAAACUACUAAUGUUAAGUUGCAUUGUGCUGAACAUGUUUCUUUCCGAUGUUGUGUCUUUUUCACAGAUCUUUCUCGUUUCCCCCCUUCUUUUCCCUCGUAUUUUGUCCGAGUUGCAUCAUGAGAUCAUCAGCAAGAUGGCAAAUUGUAUAGGAAUUAAUUUAAAUUAUAAUAGGUACACAUAGAAUACUGUUGAGAACAAAACACAAUCUAAAUUGGUUAAUUAUGUAGAUAAGGAGUGUGAUGCUGAUGCGCAACAGUGACAUCACACAGCAUUAUUAUUUUUAUUUUUUAAGGUAAUUAAUUAGAUGUGAAGAAGCCUUUAGAGAAUCGGUUAAAGUUACAACAAAAGGAACAUUCCAUUGUACAGAGCUUACAUGAAAAUGCGAAUGGCGUUCGUCAUGUUAGGAUUUUACACGUAAAUUUUACGAAAUAUAUUUACAGAUUAGUUAGAAUAGAAAAAAAAUGAGAGAUGAGAGAAAACAGUCAAUUACACUGCACGUUACAAUUUAUCCUAACAUAGAACGAAAUAAUAAAUGAAAUCGAUAGAAAAUGAUAUUAUUCCUUUCUUCUUCAACUCAAACUCAAUAGAUUUUUCUACAGUUAUCCAACAGAUUGUCUCCAACAUUUUAUCAAAUACUUGAAUAAGUUGUUCAAUAUUCAGAAAUUGAGAGAGAGAAAUAAAAAAAAACACUACACAAAAAAUGAAGAGAAUUCAUUAGAAAGGCUGUUUUAUAUGCAAUAUUCGUGCCUUAUUUAGUGUAAUAAAUAGAAUUAUGUGUAGCAAUUACAUUUUAAAUUGUUCUAAAUGGAUUGUGUGAGGAGCGUGACAGCUGUUGCUCUCGGAAUGUUUUGAGAAUCCUGAAGAGAAUGCAGAGAUUGUUAAAAAUUUUGGCAGGAAACCCAAUGUUGACAGAUAAAAGUCGCGUUUACUUGUGAAGAACACACAACAACAAGAAUAAAAUGUUAUAAGAGAAAUAUAGAUAAGUAUGAGAACUUAGUGAAGUGAGCAUUACUUUAUGUUAGACUAUUAAUUCAGUAUUAAAAAAGGAAACUAUAUAAUGUAAAUAUAUCAACUAUGGAAAAAAUCGUGCGAGAAAAGACAAUUAUUCUAUAGUGAUGAUUAUAAAGAAAAUGAAAAGAAGAUUUAUUCCACCGGAAGAGCAUAAAAGUAAAA